AUGCCUCCCUUGGAGCCCGUGUCGUCGGCAACUUAUAUUCCUCAUACACCUGUGGAUUCGCAAUACAGGGCUGUUCCUGAACAUCUUACUGCCGCCGCUGAAUUUGACCAUGAAGUGGACAACCCCGAAAUACUUAGCGAAAUCGAAGAAAUAGAAGAGGCCAUUGAGAAGGAAAGCCGCGAUGUGCAUAGUACGGACACCUCAAGAUCAGCAUCGCCAUUUUCCGACUCGACAGACCACACACAGAAUAAAUAUGAGCAACUCUCGGGGGGAAAGUUUCCAUUGGCUGUGGAGUUGCAGCCUUUCAAGAAUAAGGUGGGAGGCCAUACGGCAAUCUUCAAGUUCAGCCACAGAGCUGUUUGCAAGGCGCUGGUCAACAGGGAAAAUACCUGGUACGAGAACAUCGAACUUGCACACCCUGAACUGUUGAAAUUCAUGCCUCGGUAUAUUGGGGUUUUGAAUGUGCGAUACAGCAGUUUGGCGGAUGACGCUUAUGAAACCGCAUCUUACGAUAACGAUCAUUCAUUGGAAACCAGUCACAAGGCAGACGAACUUCCUCCUGAAGUGGUUCUAGACGACAAUAAACACAUAUUCCCGGAGUCGUUUUGGAACCAUUACUCCACCAACUCGCCAUUUCAGGACGAUUCCAAACCCAACUCUUUGAGUGACUCUGGUAGCUUUUCGGCAUCUCCACAAACUGGAGUCGGUAAAGGGACGCAUGAUGUCUGGGGAGCUACUAAAGUCAACACUAAACUACAGGAACUGGUUUUGACAGAGGUGUUUGCACCCAUUAAAGAGUACACUAGAAGAGCACAAAGCAAAACAGCUCACGCAGGACACCACAAAAGCUGUAGCUUCACAGGGGCUCGUGCUACAAGAUCUCAUAGACAUUCUACCAGCGGGACAGGAAGUUCAUUCAAAAAAGGGUUACCUGCGCCAUUUGAGGAAGGUGUUUCCAGUGCUCAGACUUUCCCUCAGCUGACGGCUAGGAAGGACCAUUUAGGUGGGCACUCAAAUUCCUUACUUGACCUCAAAAAGCUAGCGCAUGCUGAUGGAUGUAAUUUCCCAGAUAGAGAGACUCUAAUAAACAAGAUCAAGACACUGCCGCACAAGGAUGAUGGAGGGGGGAUAUUUGAUAUGGAGAAAGACACGACAAGCGAGCAUGCGAUCAUUGACGAUGAGGAAGAGAGUUUGUCUUCUCCACCGUUGCUGAACUCACCUUCUUUCUUUUCCAAACGCAAACAUACCCGGCUCGAACGUUUCAUUCUUCUCGAAGAUUUGACCUCUGGUAUGAAACACCCAUGCGUUUUGGAUUUGAAGAUGGGAACUCGUCAGUACGGUGUAGAGGCUACAGAAAAGAAGAGGUGCUCGCAGCGGAGAAAAUGCCAACAGACAACUUCUCGUCGUCUUGGAACAAGAAUUUGUGGAAUGCAAGUUUGGGAUCUAAAGCGGAAUUGUUUCAUUAACAGGGAUAAAUACUUUGGACGCAAGCUCAACGUUGGGUAUGAAUUUGUGAGAUCGCUUGCUAGGUUCCUUUAUGAUGGCCUUUCUAUUUUCUCGGUGGUGAAGCAUUUGCCGAAUUUGAUUGAGAAUUUGAAUGAGCUGCAAAAGAUUUUCAAGGAGUUGCCUGGCUACAGGCUUUAUGGUUCAUCGAUAUUGUUGAUGUAUGAUUCCGAUGCUGACCACGCUAAAUCACAGUCGACGUUGAUUGUUCGUCUUAUUGAUUUCGCUCAAUGUGUCAUUGCAAACGAGCCUCUUCCUCCAAACACCACUUAUCCUCCAGCGCAUAUUGACUCACCGGAUCUGGGAUAUUUGAGAGGUCUCCAGUCUUUGAUUUUCUACUUCAAACUAAUGUUUCGGGAGUUUACGGGACUACAGUACACCAACUACGACGAGUCUCUUGUGGUAAUGAAGAAACUCCAGUUCUCCGUUCUUUCUCGCGGUUGCGAAUGGCUCGACAACUUCGAAAACGAGCAACCAUGUCCAUUUGAUUUUGGCCAAGUUCCGCAAUACUCUGGUUCCAUCUUUGACAAUGCAUCGGAAUAG